AUGAAGCUUGCAAUCGGCGCCGCCGUCUCUGCCCUAACGACUCUCUCGCUGUUGACUCACGCACUGGCAGCCCCGACCCCAGCGCCUGACCCGGCCCUGGCCGUCAUGGCCCCCUCGACAUCAUUCAAUCUCAAGCUCGCCUCCUCUGACCGGCGCGUCGACGGCAAGUGCGCAAGCACAUACCACACGGGCGCGGGCUUCAACGACAUGGUCGUGGGGGCCUGCGACCCGGCGGCGCCACGCUCGUUCGCGCUGAACCCGACAGACUCGUCCAAGAUCGACUAUCUGGGCUUCGGAGCCACGACGCCGUCGCAGGUGCAAGCGUACGACGGGCUCGCAUCCUACGAGGUGUGGGCCAAGGUCGUCGCCAACGCUGGGCUGAGCGGGACCGAGUUCACGUACUCGGAGUCCGAGGGGUUCCUACAGAAGGGCACGGGGCUGGGAUUUCUGGCGUGCCGGUGGAGCCAUUACAACAGCUGGCAGCUCUUUGCGCUGAGCCGGGAGCCUGAUGGGUUCCCGCUGUCUUGUGCGCGAGUGGCUCUCAAGAAGAGUUUCUGA